AUGGAUCCGAGCCAGCAUAAUCCCCCUGCCGGGCACCAAAUCGUCCAUGUCCGAGGUGACUCGGAGACCGACUUGGAAGCUCUUUUUAACGCUGUAAUGAACCCGAAAAACGCUAUCGUACCCCCUUCUGUACCGAUGAGGAUGAGAAAACUUCCCGAUUCCUUUUUCAAGCCGCCGGAACCAAAGUCGCACUCCAGACAAGCAAGCACAGAUGCGGGCACUGCUGGUGCCCUCACCCCCCAGCAUGUCCGGGCACACUCCUCGCCCGCCUCCCUUCAGCUGGGCGCAGUGUCUCCUGGGUCCAUGGCUGGUCUGCCACCACCUGGGGCGUCCCCACAGCACCUCCGCCAGUCAUCCUAUGAGAUCCCUGAUGACAUGCCCCUUCCGCCUGGUUGGGAGAUGGCGAAGACCUCAUCUGGCCAGAGAUACUUCCUCAACCACCUGGACCAGUCCACCACCUGGCAGGACCCACGCAAGGCCAUGCUUCAGAUGAACCAGCCCUCCCCAGCCAGUCCUGCCACUGUGCAACAGAACAUCAUGAGCCCAGCCUCUGGUCCUCUGCCUGAUGGUUGGGAACAAGCCAUUACCUCGGAGGGAGAGAUCUACUACAUCAACCAUAAGAACAAAACCACCUCAUGGCUGGACCCACGGCUGGACCCACGCUAUGCUCUGAACCAGCAGCGGAUAAGCCAGAGUGCCCCUGUGAAGCAGGCCCCGUCACUGCCCUCCAGUCCCCAGGGUGGGGUCAUGAGCGGUAACAACCAGAUGAGGCUCCAGCAACUACAAAUGGAGAAGGAGAGACUUCGACUGAAGCACCAAGAGCUUCUUCGACAGAGACCCCAGGAACUGGCUCUGAGGAACCAGCUGCCCACCAGCAUGGAACAGGACGGGGGCACCCAGAACCCCGUUUCCUCGCCAGGCAUGGCUCAGGAUGUCCGGACCAUGACCACCAACAGCUCCGACCCGUUCCUCAAUAGCGGGACCUACCACUCCAGGGACGAGAGCACGGACAGCGGCCUGAGCAUGGGCAGCUACAGCGUCCCCCGCACUCCAGAUGAUUUCCUCAACAGCGUGGACGAGAUGGACACAGGGGACACUCUGGGUCCCAGUUCCAUGUCAACACAGCCCAGCCGUUUCCCUGACUACCUGGACACCAUCCCUGGCACCAAUGUGGACCUGGGCACACUGGAAAGCGAAAGCAUGGCGGUGGAGGGCGAGGAGCUGAUGCCCAGCCUGCAGGAGGCGCUGAGCUCUGACAUACUCAAUGACAUGGAGUCCGUGCUGGCAGCUACCAAGAUCGACAAAGAAAGCUUCCUGACGUGGUUAUAGAGGGGCGGGGCCAGGACCCGCCCUCCAUCCCUACACUACCAACUGCUGCCAAGUCGAAUCUGUGAAGGAUCUGGAGAUGUUAAGACAUUUCAGUUGCGCUUUCAGGAUUUUUUUUUUUUUUUUGUAAUUUCACAUACAUAGAUGAACAAAUUGCAGACAGCAGCAUAUUCUGCGUGUUUCUUUUGCUUGGUUUGUCUCUUUCUCACGUCCUCAAGGCUGGCCCAUGAAUUGACGAUUUUCCAAGGGUUCCCCCAGAUCCUCCGUGUCACUGUGUGUCACCUUCUGUUCUGUCAUGCUGGCAAGGACCUCACUCCGCCCCUUUGAGCCGAGCUGGGUCUGUGCGCGUGCAUGCAGGUGUCUUCUCUCCAAAAAGAAAAAAAGUGCUGCACUUCUCACUUAUUGCCUGUGACCUCUGUUGCCUCAGUUCCUGCAACACAGUCUUUACUAGAAGGACAUUUUCUUUCCUUGUAGCUUUUUGUUUUAACAGUUUUUCUUCUCAGUGUGUUUGUUUUGAUUUGUUCUUUGUUUUUAUGUGAGCCUGAGAAACCAAAAAAGUGAUGCAUCUGACACAAAACAAGAUGAACUCUUCUCAGUACUGAUUUGGGGUCAAGGUAAUGCAAGGCCCGGUCCGGACAGGCCGGCUGUGGAUAGGGGGGUGCAGCCGGGCUCCGUGAUUUCCAGUGCUGCUGCUUGGCUGUGC